UGUUGGUGGUCUCUAACCUUAUUGAUAAUCAAGCAAACCAUUAAUGGACAACAAAAAGAUAAAUGUUUUAAUUUGUUGUACUGGAAGUGUAGCUGCUCUUAAAAUUCCUGAAAUAGUAGCUCGAUUAUUGCAAGAAAAGAUAGAAGUGAAAGUUGUCACAACAGACAGAGCUCUACAUUUCUUCGACAGUUCUACACUCAGUAUUCCUGUCCUUACUGAUGCAGAUGAAUGGAAAGCAUGGACAAAACGAGGAGAUCCAGUGCUUCACAUUGACCUGAGGAAGUGGGCUGAUAUAUUGGUGAUAGCACCUCUCGAUGCAAACACUCUUGCCAAAAUAUCCAACGGAAUAUGUGAUAAUUUAUUGACAUGUGUAGUAAGAGCAUGGGAUUUGAAGAAACCGCUAUUCUUUGCUCCGGCAAUGAAUACUUACAUGUGGGAACAUCCAUUGACCUAUGAACAAAUAGAAAAACUGGAGAGUUGGGGUUAUCGAGAGAUACCGGUUGUAGAGAAGACACUUGUUUGUGGGGAUAAAGGAGCAGGUGCAAUGGCUGAGGUUUCCACGAUUGUUGAAAUUAUUUUAGAAGAAAGAGGAAGAUUAGUAACAGACAGAUAGCACUGCAAUAAUUGAUGUUUUUUGUACUAUUGUAUAAUUAUAUGCUAAAUAAAUGUAAAAAUGAAGAAA